CUUCCAUUUCAGCUUUCAUGAUAUGUCUUUCAAUGACUGCAUUCCAUGCAAUGGAAUUUAUUGAAACCAAUACCGUCAAAGAAGCAGGAGGCAUAUACUACCAGAAAAACUGGCCACUGUACAUAAAAGAUGCUUCAAUCCGUUCGUAUGGAGUCUGCUACGCCAUGACCUGGACAGCCAUGGCCCUUUGUAUCAUCCCGGCUUUCCUGUUUGGUUUGGUAUCGUUCCAAUUCAAAGCUGAACACUACAACAGACUAAGAGACAAUUAUGAGUAUCACCAAUCAUCAGACAUUUCCACAAUAAUGAAAUCGAGUACAAAUUAUUCCCCAGUCACGUUCGGUCAGAACAACAACUACAGCGACAAUAUCAUUAUAUAUGAAGGCAGCAAUACCUUUCAGGAACUAGAAGGAAAAUACGUAAAAUCAUAAAAAGAUAAUUCUUCGAUAUUGAUUUCAAUUGGCUGGAAGGUGUUUGAGUUUU